AUCCAGCGACUGUAUGUUUUGAUCAUUUUGAUUGUGUUUCAACUUUGAAAUAGUCAAAAUAUAUGAAUAAACGUUUCUAAUAGCAAAAAUGACUUCGAAAAGAAAGGCCGACUUUCAGGUUCCUGCUGAAGAAAGUGACCUGCUACUUAUAAGGCCACUUGGAGCAGGACAAGAAGUUGGCAGAUCAUGCAUAAUGAUUGAAUUCAAAGGCAAAAAGAUUAUGCUCGAUUGUGGCAUACAUCCAGGGCUGUCAGGUAUGGAUGCUUUACCAUUUGUUGACUUGAUUGAAGCAGAUGAAAUUGACUUGCUAUUAAUAUCACAUUUUCAUUUGGACCAUUGUGGAGCAUUGCCUUGGUUCCUCCAGAAGACCAGCUUCAAAGGACGUUGCUUCAUGACCCAUGCAACUAAAGCCAUUUACAGAUGGCUUUUGUCAGAUUACAUUAAAGUUAGUAACAUAGCUACAGAGCAGAUGUUAUAUUCUGAAGCCGAUUUGGAGGCAAGCAUGGAUAAAAUUGAGACAAUCAAUUUCCAUGAAGAGAAAGAUGUUAUGGGAAUUAAAUUUUGGGCCUACAACGCGGGACACGUCUUAGGGGCUGCCAUGUUCAUGAUUGAAAUUGCUGGUGUUAAAAUCAUGUAUACUGGUGAUUUUUCGAGACAAGAAGAUCGGCAUUUAAUGGCCGCUGAAAUUCCCACAGUGCACCCCGACGUUCUAAUAACGGAAUCAACAUAUGGUACUCACAUACAUGAGAAGAGGGAGGAUAGAGAAAGUAGGUUCACUAGUUUAGUGCACGACAUUGUGAAUCGUGGAGGACGAUGUUUGAUUCCUGUAUUCGCUCUUGGCAGAGCGCAAGAAUUGUUGUUAAUUUUAGACGAAUACUGGAGUCAGCAUCCAGAGCUGCAUGACAUUCCGAUUUAUUAUGCGUCAUCCUUGGCGAAGAAGUGUAUGGCUGUGUACCAGACGUAUAUAAACGCGAUGAACGACAAAAUUCAGAGGCAAAUUGCAGUUAAUAAUCCGUUUGUUUUCAAGCACAUCUCUAAUCUCAAAGGAAUAGAUCAUUUUGAAGAUAUAGGUCCCUGUGUAGUGAUGGCUUCUCCUGGUAUGAUGCAAAGCGGAUUAUCCAGAGAACUGUUUGAAUCCUGGUGUACCGAUUCCAAAAACGGUGUAAUUAUUGCAGGUUAUUGUGUGGAAGGAACUUUGGCGAAAACCAUUUUGUCGGAACCUGAAGAAAUUACCACAAUGAUUGGGCAAAAAUUACCUUUAAAGAUGUCGGUCGAUUAUAUUUCUUUCUCUGCGCACACAGAUUACCAGCAAACCAGUGAAUUUAUUCGCAUUUUAAAACCUCCACACGUCGUUUUAGUCCAUGGCGAGCAGAACGAAAUGAGCCGUCUGAAGGCAGCACUUCAAAGAGAAUAUGAAGAUGAUCCAAAUACCACCAUGCAAUUACAUAAUCCCCGUAAUACUCAUGCUGUCGAAUUGUAUUUCCGUGGUGAGAAAACAGCGAAAGUAAUGGGUACCCUUGCUGUGGAGCCACCAACGACGGGGAAAAUCAUAUCGGGAAUUUUAGUUAAAAGGAACUUUAACUAUCAUGUAUUGGCAGCUGAGGAUCUUAAUAAGUAUACCGAUAUGAGUAUGACGCAGGUUGUUCAAAGGCAGAGUUUGCACUAUAACGGAACAAUGAGCGUCUUCAGAUAUUUGAUUACGCAGGUCGCCGGCCUUUUGGAAACUAUAGACGGCGAUAAGAAACUGCGAGCUUACAAUGCAAUUGAUAUUAGUAUCGAGAACAAAGUGGUCACACUCGAAUGGACAGCGAAUCCUAUUAACGAUAUGUAUGCAGAUGCUGUAGUAGCUGCAAUUUUACAAGCCGAGAUGAUCGAGUCUCCGAUGAAGAAUAUGAGCACCAGUGCUAAGGUUGAUAGAAUGCACUUCAAGGAAUGUCUCAUUGAGAUGUUGCAAGACAUGUUCGGCGAGGAUUCCGUUCCGAAAAUGUUUAAAGGUGAAAAACUGUAUGUUACGCUCAAUGAGACUCGCGCCGACAUAGAUCUUUCAAAUUUAGAGGUGUGCUGCCCCAACGACGAAAUCUUUCAGCAAAUCGUGCAUACUGCCGUCACGAAAUUAUAUCAAUCAUUGGCACCGCCUCAAGUAGAAACAUCUUAAGUAUUUAUUUUGUAAGU